UCCGUUUUGUCCACAGCUUUAUUGUACAUGUUGAUAGGGUAGGCUAUAGUUGCAGUUAAGAGUUUUGCCCAAAGUUCAUUGGUGUACAGUACAAGCAAGAAAGUUAUGAAAAUCAGCACAACUUAUUAUUCAAUCCACAUUAUUAGUUUAAUCAUUGCUUCAGUUACAACUCAAGCUUUUUCUUCACGAUUAGAAGUUUCAUCCCAAGUGAACCCGAGGUUCCGGCGAACACCAAUAGAUUUCCACCACGCUAUAGAAUGUCACCAACCCGAAGUUAUUAUACUGGGAACAUAUGGGAAGUACGGUUGUUACUGUGGGUUCGGUGGAAGUGGGACACCUGUGGAUGCAACUGACAGAUGUUGUCAGUUACACGACCUGUGUUACGAAGAAGCCGACGAGAUGGAAAAGUCGCUGAAGGAAAAACUUUUUUCGUUAAUUGGGACAAUCAUGAACACUUACAAUAGUUCGUGCAUCGAUGGUCAAGUCGUUUGCAUGGAAAACUCUCCCUUCAAAGAUAAAGUUUGCAACUGCGAUAAAGAUGCAGCGCGUUGUUUAUAUCGGGCGAAACCAUCAUAUAAUUCAACGUAUUAUGGUUUAGAUACUACGAAAUAUUGCCAAGGAAGAAACAUGUGGAAUGAGAGCGUUGUUGGGAAAGACGUUUCAAGUGACACAAACUAUUUUAUAGUGGAAGAGAAUACGACAACUGAGGAAACAUUAACUAAUUAUGAAGAUGCGAAAAACAAAAGCGAUGACUUCAUAUAUGAAAUUAAAGAUCCGGCACCGUCGGAUUUAGACGUUGAUGUUGAAAUGGAUGAACAGAAUGUAAUAAAAAGUUCAGUUGUUUCUAUCUCGGCGCUAAGUUCUCAAAACGAAAUGAAGUCUGAUGAAAAUAGAAACAAAAUACACAGCGGUUGCAACGCAAGAACAUCUUUACCAUUGUUAACUUUUAAUUUAAGUUUAAUCGUCACUGUGUUUAUGUUGAUUACUUUUUAACGUUGGCGAUCAUAUAGUGCUGUGGAGUAAGAUGGGAUUAUGUCAGAACCCGAUUCCCAUAUUUCCUAAUCGUGUUUUUAACAAUUAACAACGAUCUUUAAAAGCCAUGAAGAUACAGUUAAAUAAUUUGCAAAUAGCAUUUGUUUACUACCAAAUGGAACUAGAACAAAAUGAAAUACUUCCCUUCUUACCCCACUCUACUAUAUAUAUUGUUUUUAAAUACCCAACUAAGUUUUAUUACUGAAAAUUUAGACAAAUUAUUAGGUUCAGUUUGUAUGCAAUUAUCGUCUAGCUUAUUUUACCCACAAGUUCAACACCAUAGCAGCAUUGGGAUCUGUUAUCGGUGGAUGUUUUUAUUUAGUGCACCUUUGUUAAAUUACAAUCGUUUAAAAUUCGAAGAUGA